CAUCCUAGCCACUCCCUCUCGCUUGCUCUCCGUUCUCCUCUUUUUGAAGAUUGACAGUUAGCCACUACCCGUUUACUCCAGGUCUGUAGAAAUUCUCUCAAAAAGAAAACUUUGGGUGCCAGUUCUUAGCCUCACUUUGUUACUCUUGAAGUUGAACACCGCGUGUCCGUUUUUUGGACGCUAAAGGGGAAGAAUAUAGAGAAGAGAAAACUUACAAUUGGCAUAACAAUAAAGUAUACAAAGAGGCAUAUUUAUAUAUGGCUGCUGGGGAUGGUUCCCAGCUGCCGGCGACUAUAGCGGCUAGCCGGAGCGUGGAGAAGGCGUUGGAAGAAGCAGCUUCUAGCGGGGCUCUUAACUUGUCAAGCCGUAAACUGAAGGAGUUUCCUCGGACCGCCAAGAACUAUGACCUGUCCGAUAUCACACACGCAGACCUGUCGAAGAACCGUCUGUGUGAGCUGCCUGAGGAACUGUGUCAGUUUAUCUCCCUGGAAACGCUCAGCCUGUACCACAACUGCGUCCGCUCAGUCUCCCCCAGCAUCUGCCAACUGCAGGCCCUCACCUACCUCAACGUCAGUCGUAACCAGCUGUCCAGCCUGCCCGUGUCCGUGUGCCAGCUCCCACUGCUGCGGGUCCUCAUCGUCAGCAACAACAAGCUGCCCGUCCUGCCGGCCUCCAUACACACGCUCACGCACCUCCGCCAGCUGGAUGUGAGCUGUAAUGAGCUGCAGUCUCUGCCGGUGGAGAUCGGGCAGCUGGAGUCUCUGCGGGACCUCAACCUGAGGAGGAACCAGCUCACCACGCUGCCUGAGGAGCUCUCGGAGUUGCCUCUGGUCCGCCUGGAUGUGUCGUGUAACCGCAUCUCCAGAGUGCCCGUCUGUUACCGCCACCUCCGUCACCUGCAGACCAUCAACCUCGACAACAACCCCCUGCAGUCCCCCCCUGCACAGAUCUGUUCUAAAGGGAAGUUCCACAUUUUUAAGUUCCUGAACAUCGAGGCCUGCAAGAACACACAGGAGGAGCUGGAGAGGGCCCUGAGGCCUACAGGAUUCAACAGCUGCCUAUCGGAUCAGGAGCUGUUCUCGGGCCGGCAGUAUGGAGGAUUGGACUCCGGGUUCAACAGCGUGGACAGCGGGAGCAAGAGGUGGUCUGGGAACGAGUCUGCAGAUGACUUCUCUGAGCUCUCCAUGCGGAUGGCGGAGCUGUCCCGGGACAGAAGGAACCUGCGGGAGGAGGGGGAGAAGGACCCGCUCCCGGACAGAGUAGUGAACGGAGAGGUGGAGCAGGUGGAUUUCAUCGACAGCAGCGUCACGGAAGAGGAGGAGGAGGAGCCGCCCUGCCUCCCGGUCACAGCGCCUCCGCAGGAUAAGAAAGAAAGUGCCGUCCCAUCACACAGCCCUGAGUCGUCUCUUAACGUCCGAUUUUCCGUGGGGGGCGAGGCGGGCGACUCGAGGACGAGCCCCCUCCCGUCCAGCCCCACCCUGGAGGAGCGGAGGCGUCCCGGGACCCUGCUGAUCUGGCAGGAGAGAGAGAGGGCCCAGCAGCAGCAGAGGGAGAAGGGCAGGGAUGGAGCUUUGGCGAAAGCAUCGAAAACAAGUUCCGCUGCGGCAGUGGCGUCGCAGGCAGGAAGUAGCACAGGUGGUGGAUCCUCAGACAGCACCUCCAAUGGCUUGCGGCAGAGAUCCACGAGUGAUGCCCAUACGUCCCACCCCUCCGCCCCCCAACGCUCCAACAGCAGAACAGACACGCCCCUUUCGCCAAAAGCUUCUUCCCCCCCUGGACAAGCCCAGAAGCCCAGCAGCUUCCUGUUCCGAGCCUCCUCGCGCUGCAACGUCAAGACCUCCGGCUCUGUGCACUGUCUGUCGGAGAUGGGACGCAGCGAGUCCCGCCCCUCACUACGCUCCCCCCGAGAGGAGAGGCAGGACGUAUCGCAGCUGAGAAAGACUCUGGAGUCCCGGCUCAAGUUGACUUUGCCGGAUGACCUGGGAGAGGCGCUGUCCAAUGGCACGAUCCUCUGCCAGCUGGCCAAUCACGUGCGGCCUCGGUCCGUGUCAAUCAUCCACGUCCCCUCCCCGGCCGUGCCAAAGCUGAGUGGCGCCAAGUGCCGUCUGAACGUGGAGAACUUCAUCACCGCGUGCCGCAAGCUGGGAGUGCCGGAGGCGGACCUGUGUCUGUCCUCCGAUGUGCUGAGCUGUAAGCUGCCCGCUGUGAUUGGCACCGUGGAGGCAUUGCUGCGACGGGAGACUCCGCCCCCUCCUCCCUGCUCGCCGCUCUCUCCCGGUUUCCUGCUCUUCUACUUCCUGGCCAUGGCUCUGCUCUACCUGCUGUACUCCCAGCUCACUGCCUAGCGUACCGCGCACACUGACUCACGCGCGUAUGCACACUGAUAUAUACGCACGCGCACAUGCUGAUAUACACACACACACACACACACACACACUGAUAUAUACGCACGCGCACAUGCUGAUAUAUACGCACACACACACACUGAUAUAUACGCACGCGCACAUGCUGAUAUACACACACGCACUCAUAUACACACACAUGCACACUGAUUUACACACUGAUAUACACACACACACGCUGAUAUAUACACAUGCCCCACGUCCCCACAUACACACACACACACACGCACUCACACACAUACACGCUGAUAUAUACACACAAGCACACUGAUAUACAUGUCCCCACAUGCACGCACACACACACACACACACGCACUCACACACACAUGCUGAUAUAUACACGUGCCCCCACGUCCCCACAUAUACCCAAGCGCACACACACUCACACACACACACACAUUCACGCACACACGUACAUACACACACACACACACACACACACACACAGCCACAUGCGCACACACACGCACACACACAUACUUACACACACACACACACACGUACAUACACUCCCAGCACUUGUCUGUGGUCUGUCAGUCUCACACACUCCCCUGUAUGGAUCCACACACACACGUGCUAGCUCACGCCGCGCUGUUACUAUGAUCUGCAGAGCUACCCUCAGCGUAUAAGCUCUGGACAGGAGAGGUACGACCGCUAGGACGCUGUGUGCGCCGCGCGCGUAGGCUGUGCGUGUGCUCACCGGUUUCCUGAUGCGCAGCAGCGGACGACGCUGACUGGACCCUGAACCACAGGCGCGUAUAUCAGCUCACUCCGGCUUCUCGCUUCGUGUCACCAUAACGACGAAUGAAUAUCCGUACUGUUGUGCCACCGGUUACUCAUUACACGUAGCGCACUGCAGCAGAGUUUCAACUGCAGAAUGGCUGACGCCCGUCACACUACAUCUUCUGAAUGGCCUUAUAUAACCUUCAGUUAGGGCAACGCUAUCAAGUAGAAUAUGAUGCACUAUAAUCUAAAAUUUCAAGCUCUGAAUUUUCUCUUUAAAAAAAAAAAAAAAAAAGGGCGCUUCAAAAACUACAUGUAGUUUUUCCCCUUACAUAACCACCAGGGGGCAGUGUUGAGGCAGGGAAGUUGGCCAGGUUAACUGAAAUAUGGGGCCUCCUUAUUGGCUUCCACAGAAUGGCACCAGGUGAUCUGAGUAUGCCGGCCAUGUACGUCAGACAAUUCGAUACCACAAUCAGGAUUAUGUACUGUAAGGUUUAUUUUCAUGUUCCGAGGGGCAUUUUGCAGUAACUGGUGUUCUUAAAAGGGGUCGAAACCACAGACAGUUACGUGAUUGUGGCAGACAAAAGUGCCUGGCGUGCCUGUGCGGUCCCUGUUUGAAAACGAUGUUUGACUGUUACAACCGAGGCAUUUUAAAUGUUUCAUCUCUUCAAUGUUGACUGUGACCAGCAGGGGGCAGCGUUUGGGCAGCUGUCUUAAUGCUUCCUGUUGCAAUCAGACGGUACAGAAAUGUUUCUACGCUUUUAUUGACUUGAUUUGAUGUUCCUUUUUCUUUUCCUUUUUUUUUUUCCUGUUUGUUAUCCAGACCAGCUGAAAAAUCCCUUCAUAUUUGUUUCAAUGUAAACGCCUAAUUAAGUUAUUUCCUUUUUUAUUUAUUUGCUACGAGUGGGGAGGGGGGAAAGGUAGAAACUUGAGCUGUGAUAGUUAAAAAAAAAAAAGAUAUAUGUGUGUGUGUGUAUAUAUAUAUAUAUAUAAUAUAAAAAAUAUUAUUAUGAUGGGAAAAUCUGAGCCCUAUGAACCAACAGCCCUGGCCAGACUAGGCAGUUGAGGUAACUGCUCUAUUCACGAUGUCCUGAGAUUAGCCAGAGGACACGCUGUUCUGUAGCAGCCAGGGGUCUUGGUUUGUUUUGAAUAAAUUUCAGUCAUUUAGUGUUGUAUGGAAUCAGUAGCACAACCAGGGUGAAGUAGCCCUGUGCGUGGACUCACUUUUCCCAUCUCUAGUAAAUUUGACAAGGCGUCCCAGUGUGUGAAAUUCAUGAUAUCUGAAGUGGGUAGUUUUGUUGAGGCUAAACAUCUUUUUGAGCCCACGAUCUUAAUGCGAAGAUGCAAGACCCAGAAUAAUUAAUAAAAAUACGCUCCUAUGAUUGAUUGAUGUUUACUCUCGUUAAAAAAAAAUGAUAACGAAAUGACACAUUUUUCUAAAAAUGUUUUGUCAAACAGACAUUUGUCAAGCAAAAUUCUGAUAUAGUCGCUGUUUUCAGCAGUUUGAUGAUAAAUGCACUAUACAGAACCAACAACUUCUGUGUGCUCUAUGUAUGUAUUGUAUGUAUGGCGCAAACUCACUCGUGCACACACACGCGUACACACACGCGCACACACACACACACAGGUCUAUCAUAAAGGAGUUUUGUGUCUUACCCCUUUGAGAGAUCAUUUCAGUGUGAAGGUUGGGCCCGUUGAUAGAAAUGGGUGCGAGUGCACAAGUGUCUUUUCAAAAGAAGCAGUUGAAUGUAUAUAAGACUGUGUGGCCUUAUCGAACAGAAUUGUAUCAAAGUUUGUCUUCAGAUUUACCUCUAAAUUAAGCUGUGUGAUAGAAGCAGUUCUUUGACUGAAAUACAAGGUCAUUUUUCCGGUACAUCUUGUAUUCAAGAGUUCCAUUUUAAAGAGGGCUGGUUUAUACAAAAAAAUGUUUUGCCCUUUUUUAGAGAUUUUGUCUCCAUGGUCAGGAACUUCUUAAGGGCUUUUGGAGUACCUUGUUUUCCUUAAUUGAAUAUUUUCGCCAUCUUCACCAACAUGAACAAAUCUCACCAUUUUAUGGGAAAGAAAAUGUCUGCUGUUUUUUUUUUUUUGUAGAGAAUCAUCUCCUUGCCAUCUGACACUUAUGGGAAAUAAUAUCACAAGGGAUCAUUUAAAUGUUUGUUUCCUUUCCUGUUCUGUUACGUACUUUUAGCACGUUGACUGUAAAUUAAGUUGUUUUUUUUAUUUUUAUUCAAUCAGCAGUUAAAGACCAACGCGUCUUUAACGCGUUUCAUAAGCAAGUGGGACUGGCAAUCGCAUCAACUAACGCAGAGAAACAUUCAAGUCCGAUUUCAAUAGAUUAAACAAACAAAAAAAAACGGAUGUAUUUUGUAAUAUUUAUACCUAUAUAUUUAAAAAAAUGAGUAUAUAGUUUCUUCUACUGUAAAGAAAUGAUUAAAAAAGAAACUCUGAUCAUG